CUUUCCCUCGGUGAGCAUGAGUCCUGACUCUCCUCCUCACGACAAUGUCUAUCAAGGUUGUGGUUGUAUUUGCUGUUGUGGCGGUCGUGGUGGCUGGCCCCCAGUAUACCCCCUACGGCGCCCCCCCUCCACCCACUAACUACGGCGCCCAACCUGCUGAGGCUCCUGCCCAGUAUAACUUCAACUUGGCCGUGAAGGACGACUACUCUGGUAACGACUUUGGUCACCAGGAGUCCCGUGACGGCUACGACACCCAGGGCUCCUACUACGUGCUGCUUCCCGACGGUCGUCUUCAGAAGGUGGACUACACUGUCAACGGCGACUCCGGCUACGUGGCCGAGGUGACCUACGAGGGUGAGGCUCAGUACCCUGCAGCCCAGCCCUCUUACAACCCAGCUCCUGCUCCUGCCUACGGUUGAUUCAGCAAAUGCAUAUUGAUAUAAACUUAUGCUAAUAGUUACUGACGAUUAUACAAUAAAAGUUACAAAAGUA